CAUUCCCUUUUCCUUAUAAGAAAAACAGUAUAAAAUUUAACGAAAAUUAAAGUUUAACAUUAUCUAAAAAUUGACGUUUAUUUUCGCGGCAUAAUGUUGAAGUCGAUUCUCGAUAAACGAGACGAGCUAUCACUAAAAUGUAUAAAAUAUGUUGACAUUUUCCUCUGGUGUGUAAUAUCAUUUUAAUACGAAGCUAUAAUGUGUUUAUAAGCUCGGAAUAUUUUCGCUUUUAUUAAAAAAGAAGUGAAAGGUCAAGAUGACCUCAGAGUUUUGUGCGGACGAUGUUUUGGUUCAAUUAACAUCACCACCAGUUUUUUCGGAAGCAACAUGUAGCUCCGGUACAACACCAACAACAACAAGGGUACAGACUUCUUCAGUAGCAGUGGAGCUUGGUCGGAGGCUGUUACUGGCCGCUCGAGCAGGUGACACCGCUACAGUACUGGAAUUGAUGGCUAAGGGCGCUCCCUUCACAACAGAUUGGCUUGGCACCUCCCCCUUACACUUGGCUGCUGCUAACAAACAUGUGGAGACUUGCGCAGUGUUAUUACGAGCUGGAGUGAGUAGAGACGCUCGAACGAAGGUGGAAAGGACUCCAUUGCACAUGGCCGCUCAUGCUGGCAAUGCAUCAGUGAUCACUCUGCUGAUUAAUCAUGGAGCUAGUAUUGAUUGUCGCGACAUGCUGCAAAUGACGCCGCUGCACUGGGCGGCAGCUCGCGGGCACGUGGCAGCCGCGCGCGAGCUGCUGCUGGCGGGCGCCGACCCGUCCGCGCGCUGCAAGUUCCGCAAGACGCCGCGCGACCUCGCCGCCCGCAACCGCCACGCGGACGUCGUGCGCCUGCUCGACCGCCACGAGGAACAGACAUCCGAAGAACCGGUUAAGGAGCAGCAAAAUGAAUUCGCCGUAUUACAAAAAAUUGCUGAAACGAAAACAACACCAAAAAAGCAGCAACAGGAAAAAAUGAUAGAAGUAGAAAUCAAGCCAGAGCCCCCCCAACAAGCGCGACAAAGCAGUGAGACAGAAACGAGCGACGCAGCACAACUGCUCAAGCGGCACGGCAUCACCUUACUGCCGGCCGACCCGGGCGGUACCGUGCUCACCGCGCUGCAGAGCGGACGGACUGUCGUGCUCUCCGACGCAGGCAAGCUAAUGCUAAAGGAGAGCACUACCCCCCACCCCCCUCCCCCGUCCCCGUGCCCGUCCCCCCGCGCGCGCGCCCCCCCACCGCCCCGCGCACUCAAGGUGCUCGCACUUAACAAUAAAGUGCUAGCUGUUAACGACAGGAACCCGCACCACUAUCAGGUGAAGCUAGUGCAGCUGAGCGACGGCAAGGCGCCCACGAAGCUAGUGACGGGCAAGAAACCGGUCAAGAUUGUGUUGAAUAAGGAACACUUCCAGAAGCUCGUCGCCAAGUCCAAGCCCACCAAUGGGGCUGCGGCCAGCACGAGCCUCCCGAAGAUAACAGUGAAAACCGAGCAGACGGAGGCAGUGGAGCGAGAGACAGAGACAGACGUACCGGCAGCGCGCGCGAGUGAGCGGGACGGGUGUAUGUCGUGCGUGCAGCUGCGCACUGAGCUGCAAGCUGCGCGGGCGCAAGUCGCCGCCUUACGGGAACAACUGGCGAGAGUUAGUCGGUAGACACAGACAUAUAUCGUUUAUAAUUAUAGAGUAUGGUGCAUUAGGGGAAUUCGAAUUAUCUAAUUAUAUAUCUAUAGAAUUAUACUGAUUAAAAUAAUGUUUUCUGAUUAGAAUAUUGGAAGCUAUAAUUUCAUACAACUCAAAAAUGCAUGUUGUAUUUGCCUGUAAUUGGAUCUACAUCUUGCUAUGCAUGCUAAUUAUGUCACAUAGUCAAAAUAUAUUAUAAAUAUAAGGUGUACAUCUGUUGCCAAAUCAAAUAAAUAAAUCUAUACUAAAAUAUUAGUUAAACAAACAAAUUCUUCAGCUUUAUAAUAAUAAAGCUGAGGAACUUGUAUGUUUGAAGGCGCUAAUCUCAGGAACUAUUGGUCCGAUUUUAAGAAUUCUUUCAGUGUUAGACAGCCCAUUUAUCGAGGAAGGCUAUUUAUAUCACAACGCUAAGACCAACAGGAGCGGAGCGCGGGUGAAACCGCGGAGCGCAGCUAGUUGUGAAUACCACUUCAGGGCGUUGUUUUAUUAGGAGUAUCGUGACGCUAUAGCAGGAAAAUAAUCGGGUUUGAUAAUAAUAGCAUUCAGAUGAACAAAGAUUUGUUUAAUCAAUCACUAUAGUUACCUCGUAAUUUAACAUUGUUGUAUUUACCCAGAAUCCGGAACUAACCUAAUGCACCAUAAUAUAUAAUAAACAAUCAGAUGUAAAUAAUAUACCGUUAAAUGAGGGUGAUAGACAAAAAACAUAAAUGUUAAAUAUAUGAGAGAGAAGAAGUGUGUGUUCAAGCUGUUUAAACGCACACUCUGUUUUUAGGGUUCCAUACUCGAAAAUGAAAUAAAACCGGCCAAGUGCGAGUCGGACUCGCGCACCCAAGGCUAUGUUUUACUAUAUUGAAACCUUAAAUUUUUCCUAUACUUAUCUAUGCUAUAAUUUGCAUUUUACCCAAUUUCUAGACUAGGAUUUGAUUCCCUUGCGAAUGUCUGAAUUUGAAACGAAAAUUAGCAACAUAAACAGCUGAAUCUUUUAAUCUUUACGUUGGCUUAUAAGUUUGAUUUUAACCAGCUUUAAGAGACUGCAGACUGCAGUAUUGAACAAAAAACAAAACGAAAGAAGGACUUUCUUUAGAUAAUUUUAUAAAAUUCUGGUCACAUCUAACUGUAUGUAAGUAAACUGUUUGUAAAUAAAGUAAUAUAUAAGUUAAUAAUAAUUAUCAUUAAGAUGUAAAUAUGAAUUAAGUUAGGUGCUCUGUGAUUUAACAACGAAUAAUUGUUUUUGUUGGAUAUUUUAUACUUUUAUAUUACUAAUAGGUAUCUAUCCGCAGCUUAGAUCUUGCAUUUCACGGUAACAUCGCUAUAUUAUUAAUUUUCUUUGAUUUUAGCUUAUUUACGGUUUACUUUAAAAAAAAAGGUAACCCAUCAAUUAUAUUGGUCUUUCAACUAUCUCAAUUUAAAAUUUCAUAAUAAAAGCUUCAGCAAAUUUACCUAUGAAACAGUAACAAAUACGUGAAAAAAAAAAAAUACCGAUGCAUGUGAGUGAUCGAAUAAGAAUAAGAAUUGCAAAUGUUUAAGGCAAACUUUUUUUAUAACCAAGUAAAAAUAUGC